AUGGAAGAGUUGGACUACAACUACACAUCAGAAGAAUAUGAUUAUGGAUCUGAUGAGAACAGAACUGGUGAUAAAAAUGACAAUUUUUUGCAUAUACCAAUUGUAAAAUUGGUGGACUUGAUCACUAUUGGAGUUGGACUUCCUUUGACUUUUAUAGUGAUUGUUGCACUUUUUCUCCAGGUGAAAAAGAAUCAGAGUCUCCCUGUCUAUGUCAUCAACCUUCUCUUUUCUGAUCUCAUUCAGUUCUGCUGCAGAAUUACAUAUUUAGUUAGCCCAGAAAAAGGCUCUGGCAUCUUAUUUUUUGGUUUAAUUGCCAGUGUUGGAUUCAUGGUCUGUAUCUCCUGUGAAAGAUAUUUGGUUGUUGCCAAGCCACUGUGGUACAGAUUCAGGAGAAACAUCAAGACAUAUGUGGUGGUCUGUGUCGUAGUCUGGGUUCUUCCCGUUCCUUUUCUCAUAAUCUUUUUUCUGCCUUUUACUCAUAGGAUUUUUUCCCCCAUCUUGUCAUGUGCUCUCCUCCUGCCAUUUCCCUUCUUCGUCUUCUGCUUGGUUGGGACUAUUAAAGCUCUUUCUGGAGCCAUCAGUGUCCCAGCAGAUGAAAAACGACGAAUUGCAGCCAUUCAGGUUGCAGUGCUGCUAAUUUACACUCUGCUUUUCCUGCCUAUAAUUGUUUAUCUCUUCAAAGACCAUGAAUUAAUUCUUAGUAACAUUUUUGAAGUUUGUGUUUUUCUUAGUCCCCUUGCAGACACAACUUUGUAUUUGUUAUGUCGGAAAAGCAUCCUGGAUAAGUUUCUGGCUUCACUCUGUUCUUGUAAAGCAUCAGAGACUCAGGAGAUUAGCAGCAAGGAUACUGAAAGCACGACUGCUCCAAAUACUGAGAAUUUUUAG